AUGAAAAAUGAAAAAAUUAAACUAGUAAGCUUCGAGGGGGACGAGUUUAUAGUUGACAAGUAUACUGCUUCCAUGUCCACGGUCAUCCUAAAUAUCCUCGAAGUGAUGACAACAGAAGAAGAUACAAUACCCCUUCCUAAUAUCAAAACUCAAAUUUUAAAAAAGAUUAUUGAAUACAUGGAAUAUCACAUACAUAACCCUGCAGAUGAAAUACCUAAGCCUUUAAUUACAUCCAAUCUGCAAGAUGUGGUAUCAAGCUGGGACUAUGAUUUUGUUAAUACGGAUAAGGAGACACUAUAUGAGCUUAUUGAGGCCUCUAAUUAUUUAGAUAUAAAACCGCUUUUAGAUUUAACUUGCGGUAAAAUUGCUUCCAUGAUGAAAGACAAAACGACUGAAGAGAUUCGAGCCGAGUUUGACAUUGUUAACGACUUUACAAGGGAAGAAGAAAAACAGAUAAGAGAAGAGAACAGAUGGUGCGGGGAUAUUUAA